UCCCUCCGCCUUUCCCCCUCAGCAAAAUGGCGGCAUGUAGAGGCCUUAGCAGCCAGUGAGUGACUCGCCUUCUCCUCCUGUUCCUCGGUGGCCGCCAAACUCUUUUGCAUCAGACUGUCGACUCCUCGUUUUUCCUUCUAUCCCGAAAUCACUUUUACAACCCCCUCUUCUCCCCCCACCUUUAGAUCAUUCCUUCCUUUCCCUUCUGUCACACUCAGGUACCCCCCCCCCCACACCGGCCCCUUCCCCUCCCCCUCCUGCACUCGCCAUCAAUCAAUCAGCGGCGACCGAGAGCGGAUCGAUCAAUGGUCGGGAGGAGGAGGCGGCGGCGGCUGCUGCUGUUUAAUGAACAAUGUGUGAGAGCUGUGCCGAGCUGUUGGAGGUGUUAAAUGAGAUAUCAGAUACUGAUGGUGGUGAUGGCUUGCAACUCAGAAAGGAGCAUGCACUCAAGAUUUUUGCUUAUAUCAGUUCUUGGACACAAAGGCAGUGUCUGUGCUGUUUCAAGGAAUAUAAGCAUUUGGAGAUUUUCAACCAAGUUGUGUGUGCUCUUAUAAAUCUAGUGAUUGCUCAAGUACAGGCUCUUCGGGACCAGCUGUGUAAACAUUGCACUAUUAACUUAGGUUCAGCAUGGCAAGACGAAAAUAAUGCAUCUGAUGAGCCACUGAAUGUAGAAAGAGAAACUCGAGAAGAAGAGAACGAAGAUAGUCAUAAAACUACAGAAGAAAAAAUAGAUUCUGGGAGAACUUGUAUCCUGACAGAAGAAGAAUCUGCAGAAGGUUCUGAUGCCUUUAGCAUAUGGAGCACCGAGGAGAAGGAGAAACUCUUGCUUUGUGUUGCAAAAAUUUUUCAGAUCCAGUUUCCUCUGUAUACUGCCUACAAGCAUAAUACGCAUCCCACAAUAGAGGAUAUUUCUGCACAAGAAAGCAAUAUAUUAGGGGCAUUCUGUGACAUGAAUGAUGUAGAAGUACCAUUGCACUUGCUUCGCUAUGUUUGCUUAUUUUGUGGAAAAAAUGGCCUAUCCCUCAUGAAGGACUGUUUUGAAUAUGGAACUCCCGAUACUUUGCCAUUUCUCAUAGCACAUGCAUUUAUCACUGUGGUUUCUAAUAUCAGAAUAUGGCUGCACAUCCCUGCUGUCAUGCAACACAUUAUACCUUUUAGGACCUAUGUCAUCAGGUAUUUAUGCAAACUGUCAGACCAGGAAUUAAGACAGAGUGCAGCUCGUAAUAUGGCAGAUUUAAUGUGGAGCACAGUUAAAGAGCCGUUAGAUACUGCCUUGUGUUUUGACAAAGAGAGUCUUGAUCUUGCUUUUAAGUACUUCAUGUCACCAACCUUAACCAUGAGAUUGGCUGGACUUAGUCAAAUAACAAAUCAACUUCAUACUUUUAAUGAUGUGUGUAAUAAUGAAUCCUUGGUUUCAGAUACAGAAACAUCCAUUGCUAAAGAACUUGCAGAUUGGCUAAUCAACAACAAUGUAGUGGAACAUAUUUUUGGACCAAAUUUGCAUAUUGAGAUCAUUAAACAGUGCCAAGUGAUUCUUAAUUUUCUUGCUGCUGAAGGCCGGCUUAGUACUCAGCAUAUAGACUGCAUAUGGGCUGCAGCACAGUUGAAGCAUUGUAGCCGCUAUAUACAUGACUUGUUUCCUUCACUGAUCAAGAACCUAGAUCCUGUGCCACUCAGACAUCUUCUUAAUUUAGUUUCCAUCCUCCAUCCAAGUGCACAUACUGAACAGACUUUAUAUUUGGCAUCCAUGCUCAUUAAAGCAUUGUGGAAUAAUGCUCUAGCAGCUAAGGCCCAACUAUCAAAACAGAGUUCUUUUGCAUCUUUACUUAGUACAAACUUACCCAUGGGAAACAAGAAAGAGGAAGAAGAACUUCGACGAGCAGCUCCAUCACCAUGGUCACCUGCAGCAAGCCCUCAAAGUAGCGACAACAGUGAUACUCAUCAGAGUGGAGGAAGUGACAUUGAAAUGGAGGAACAGCUGAUUAGUAGAAAUAAGCAUGUCCAACAGCGACUUUCAGAUACAGAGGAAUCAAUGCAGGGAAGUUCUGAUGAAACUGCAAAUAGUGGUGAAGAUGGCAGCAGUGGGCCUGGCAGCAGCAGUGGUCACAGUGAUGGAUCAAGCAAUGAGGCAAACUCUAGCCAUGCAAGUCAGUCUGCAGGAAGCCCAGGCAGUGAGGUGCAGUCAGAAGAUAUUGCUGAUAUUGAAGCUCUCAAGGAAGAGGAAGAUGAAGAAGAUGAAGACCAGGGUCACAAUUCCCCCAAAACUGGCCGGAAUGUAGAUUUGCGAAGCCGAAAAAUAGAAUCUCAAUCAGGCAUUUGCUUGGGAGAUGCACAGGAAACAGCAGAUAGGAAUGCUGUAAGCAAUGGAUCUGGGAAUGUUUUUAAUAGUGAAGCUGUUCCAUCAGUGGAUAAUAGAAUUAGAAUGCUGGAUCCCUGUUCACACUCAGAGAAUACUGAUCAUGACAUAACUGGUGAAAUGAGUACUGCCCAUAUAUCCCAGGGCUCUCAAGAUUCCUGUAUCACACACACAGGGGACUUUCUUGGGGAAGCAAUUGGAAAUGAAUUGUUUAACUGCCGACAAUUUAUUGGGCCACAACAUCAUCAUCAUCACCACCACCACCACCACCAUCAUCACCACCACCACCACCACCAUCACGAAGGACACAUGGUUGAUGAUAUGUUAAGUGCUGAUGAUGUCAGUUGUAGCAGCAGUCAAGUCAGUGCAAAAUCGGAGAAAAAUAUGGCAGAUUUUGAUGGGGAAGAAUCAGGAUGUGAAGAAGAACUGGUACAGAUUAACUCACAUGCAGAACUAACCUCUCAUCUUCAACAGCACCUUCCAAAUCUUGCUUCCAUUUAUCAUGAGCAUCUCAGCCAAGGACCAGCAGUUCAUAAGCACCAGUACAACAGCAACGCAGUGACAGAUAUUAACUUGGAUAAUGUUUGUAAGAAGGGAAAUACCCUUUUGUGGGAUCUGGUCCAGGAUGAAGAUGCAAUACAUCUUUCUGAAGGUUUAAUAAAUGAAGCAGAGAAGCUGUUAUGUUCACUAGUAUGUUGGUUUACUGAUAGACAAAUUCGUAUGAGGUUCAUCGAAGGCUGUCUUGAAAAUUUAGCAAAUAAUAGAUCAGUUGUAGUUUCUCUUCGUCUUCUCCCAAAAUUAUUUGGUACAUUUCAACAAUUUGGGAGCAGUUACGAUACACAUUGGAUUACCAUGUGGGCUGAAAAAGAACUUAAUAUGAUGAAGCUUUUCUUUGAUAAUUUGAUACACUACAUUCAAGCAGUCAGAGAAAGACGGCAUAAACACACAUUAUACAGCCAUAGUGCAGAAGUUCAGGUGCGUCUUCAGUUUCUGACAUGUGUAUUUUCCACUUUGGGAUCACCAGAUCAUUUCAGGUUGAGUCUGGAACAAGUUGAUGUACUAUGGCACUGCUUAGUUGAAGAUUCUGAAUGUUAUGAUGAUGCUCUACAUUGGUUCUUAAAUCAAGUAAGAAGUAAAGAUCAGCAUGCUAUGGGAAUGGAAACCUACAAGCAUCUUUUUUUAGAAAAGAUGCCUCAGCUGAAGCCUGAAACAAUUAGCAUGACUGGAUUAAACUUGUUUCAGCAUUUAUGUAACUUGGCUCGAUUGGCUACUAGUGCAUAUGAUGGUGGUUCAAACUCAGAGUUGUGUGGUAUGGACCAAUUCUGGGGCAUUGCUUUAAGAGCACAGUCUGGAGAUGUGAGCCGGGCAGCUAUACAAUACAUUAACUCCUAUUAUAUUAAUGGUAAAACAGGUCUGGAGAAAGAACAGGAAUUCAUUAGCAAGUGCAUGGAAAGCCUAAUGAUUGCAUCUAGUAAUCUAGAGCAAGAUUCUCAUUCCAGUCUUACCAUUAUUGAACGAGGACUUCUCAUGCUUAAAACUCAUUUAGAAGCAUUUCGGAGAAGGUUUGCAUAUCAUCUGAGACAAUGGCAAAUAGAAGGCACUGGUAUCAGCAGCCAUUUAAAAGCAUUGAGUGAUAAACAAUCACUUCCUCUCAGAAUUGUUUGUCAACCAGCUGGACUUCCUGACAAAAUGACCAUUGAAAUGUAUCCAAGUGAUCAGGUGGCAGAUCUAAGAGCUGAGGUUACGCAUUGGUAUGAAAAUUUGCAGAAAGAACAGCUGAAUCAGCAAGCACAUCUGCAAGAAUUUGGUCAAAUCAGUAGAAAAGGAGAUUUUCCAGGAGGUCUCAUGGGGCCUGUAAGAAUGAUUUCUUCUGGACAUGAACUAACAACUGACUAUGAUGAAAAAACUCUUCAUGAAUUGGGGUUUAAAGAUAUGCAGAUGGUCUUUGUGUCCCUGGGUGCUCCAAGGAGAGAGCGAAAAGGGGAAGGAGUUCAGCUUCCAGCAUCCUGCUUGCCAGCACCUCAGAAGGACAAUAUCCCAAUGCUUUUACUUCUGCAAGAACCUCAUCUUACCACCCUGUUUGAUUUACUAGAAAUGCUUGCCUCCUUUAAGCCUCCACCUGCAGAAGUGGCUAUGGAAGAUAGUGAGAGUGCAAAAUGUGAAGAACUCCACCUUCAUGCAGAAAAUCUAUCAAGGCGAGUUUGGGAGUUGUUAAUGCUACUGCCUACAUGUCCUAAUAUGCUUCAGGCAUUUCAAAAUAUUUCAGAUGAUCAGAGCAAUGAUGGAUUCAGUUGGAAAGAUCUUUUAAGAAUAAAAAGUGCCCAUAAACUUUUAUAUGCCCUUGAAAUAAUUGAAGCACUUGGAAAACCCAAUAGAAGAAUAAGGCGGGAAUCCACGGGAAGUUACAGUGAUCUUUACCCAGAUUCUGAUGAUUCAAGUGAAGAUCAAAUAGAAAAUAGUAAAAACACUUGGAGUUGCAAGUUUGUGGCUUCUGGAGGUCUUCAGCAGCUCUUGGAAAUAUUUAAUUCUGGAAUUUUAGAACCUAAAGAACAGGAAUCGUGGACAGUUUGGUUACUAGAUUGUCUGGCUUGCUUGCUGAAGUUGAUAUGCCAGUUUGCAGUGGAUCCUUCAGAUUUGGAUUUAGCUUAUCAUGAUGUUUUUGCCUGGUCUGGAGUAGCAGAGAAUCACAGAAAAAGAACUUGGCCAGGAAAAUCACGGAAAACUGCAGGAGAUCAUACAAAAGGUCUUCACAUACCCCGUUUAACAGAGGUAUUUCUUGUACUUGUCCAGGGAACCAGUUUGAUUCAGCGACUUAUGUGUGUUGCUUAUACAUAUGACAACCUGGCGCCUAGGGUGUUGAAAGCUCAAGCUGAUCAUAGGUCAAGACAUGAAGAGGGAGUUACAGAUUACGAAGAAGAUCCCCGUGCAGCCUGCCAAGAUGAAACUAAGGCACCUCCUCCUAAGAGAGCCAGACCAGGUGUGGAGGCAACUUUUACACCUACAGCUGCUGGCUUGCAUGAUCCCGAAGGGGCAGAAACAGCAUUACCUGCGUACAUGGAGGCAAUAAUCUCAAGGGCCAUAAGGCAAGGGACUAUGGAAAGCCUCCAAGCAAUGCAAAGGCCUGAAUUGGUGGUGACAGAACACUCGGACCUAGAGCAUUCCAUUCAUGAUAGAAGCAGGGAAUCCUUGAGGGACAGAGCUUCUCCUGACUCAUCUGUACAUAGUGUCACAUACAGAGCAUCAGUGGAAGACAAGAGGGAAUCUGAUUUCUCUGCAGAUGAAGAUUUGGCCCCUGAGAGAUCCUUCACAGGACAUUUGGAUUCUCAAAAAUUCCGGGCUUUCUUGUUCAAGGCUAGGAAGACAGCCCAGUUGGGCCAGAGGCAGAUGUCGGGGAAGUGGAAGGUGACACUACUGCUCCUCCAAGAUCAAUAUUUUGAUGAACCAUCAGUUUGGCCUGAAAUGGUUCCAGUUCUUUGGUUAUUUUUGAACAUAAUCAAGAAACAGCUGGAAUCCCCAGGCACAUCUUCCAUUUUAUCGGCCAACAAAUGCCGCUAUUUCAAUAUGGGGCCUGAACUUACCAGCUCAUUACAGGUGCCAUCAGUGGACAGUUUUGUGGCGGCCUUGGCUUCUUCCUCUUCAAAUCCUACUGAUCCAAAGGAGGCAUUGAAGGUGGAGGACAAGAGGAUGAAACAAUCCCUCCUUACGCUGGCUGCAUCAAUUGCAAGACAAGAUCCCCGCCACAGAUGUCCAAGUUUCAAGGAUGAUGGCAGUAGUUCAAAGGAGACCAAGAGUUAUGAGUAUGAUUUGAUAGGUGUAACUGUCCAUACAGGAACUGCUGAUGGGGGGCAUUACUACAGCUUUAUCCGAGAUAUUGUUAAUCCUCACGCUUACAAAAACAACAAGUGGUAUCUGUUCAAUGAUGCUGAAGUAAAGCCAUUCGAUUCUGCUCAGUUGGCUUCUGAAUGUUUUGGUGGAGAAAUGACAACAAAAACCUAUGACUCUGUCACUGAUAAAUUCAUGGAUUUCUCUUUUGAAAAGACUCACAGUGCAUACAUGCUCUUCUAUAAACGAAUGGAACCAGAAGAAGAAAAUGGCAAAGAUUAUACAUUUGAUGUUUCUUCUGAACUACUAGAAUGGAUAUGGCAUGAUAACAUGCAGUUCCUUCAGGAUAAGAAUAUUUUUGAGCAUACGUAUUUUGGAUUUAUGUGGCAGUUGUGUAGUAGCAUCCCCAGCACAUUACCAGAUCCAAAAGCAGUUUCUCUGAUGACAGCCAAGUUAAGCACUUCUUUUGUCCUGGAAACAUUUAUCCAUUCAAAAGAAAAGCCCACUAUGCUUCAGUGGAUUGAACUGUUAACUAAGCAAUUUAACAACAGCCAAGCUGCUUGUGAGUGGUUUCUUGAUCGUAUGGCUGAUGAUGACUGGUGGCCUAUGCAGAUUUUAAUUAAAUGCCCCAAUCAGAUUGUAAGACAGAUGUUUCAACGUUUGUGCAUUCAUGUGAUUCAGCGGCUAAGGCCAGUCCAUGCUCAUCUCUACCUACAGCCAGGAUUAGAAGACUGUUCAGAUGACAUGGAUGGUCCUGUGGAAGAUAUUGGUAGUCGCUCAUGUGUGACUCGUUUUGUGAAGACUCUGUUGUCAAUUAUGGAACAUGGUGUUAAACCCCACAGUAAACAUCUCACAGAAUACUUUGCCUUUCUUUAUGAAUUUGCCAAAAUGGGAGAAGAGGAGAGCCAGUUUUUGCUUUCUCUGCAAGCAAUUUCAACAAUGGUUCAUUUCUAUAUGGGAACUAAAGGUCCUGAAAAUCCACAAGUUGAGGUACUAUCAGAAGAAGAAGGAGAAGAGGAGGAAGAGGAGGAAGACAUUCUUUCUUUAGCAGAAGAAAAAUAUAGGCCUGCUGCACUUGAAAAGAUGAUUGCUCUGAUAGCUCUUCUGGUAGAACAGUCUCGAUCAGAGAGGCAUUUGACUUUAUCCCAAAAUGAUAUGGCAGCAUUAACUGGAGGCAAGGGUUUUCCUUUCUUAUUCCAACAUAUUCGAGAUGGAAUCAAUAUUAGGCAGACCUGCAAUCUUAUUUUCAGUCUUUGUCGAUAUAACAACAGACUUGCAGAACAUAUCGUAUCCAUGCUUUUCACAUCUAUAGCCAAGUUGACUCCUGAGGCAGCCAAUCCUUUUUUCAAGUUGUUAACUAUGCUUAUGGAAUUUGCUGGUGGACCUCCAGGAAUGCCACCAUUUGCAUCAUAUAUUCUCCAAAGGAUAUGGGAGGUGAUUGAGUACAACCCAUCUCAAUGUCUGGAUUGGCUAGCAGUACAGACACCACGAAAUAAGCUUGCCCACAGCUGGGUCCUGCAGAAUAUGGAGAACUGGGUAGAACGUUUUCUUUUGGCUCAUAACUAUCCUAGAGUGAGAACUUCUGCAGCCUAUCUUCUGGUCUCUCUUAUUCCAAGCAAUUCAUUCCGACAAAUGUUCCGAUCUACCCGCUCACUCCAUAUCCCUACUCGAGAUCUUCCCCUUAGUCCAGAUACUACAGUUGUUCUUCAUCAAGUUUAUAAUGUGUUGCUUGGACUGCUCUCAAGAGCUAAGCUUUAUGUUGAUGCUGCUGUGCAUGGAACUACAAAACUGGUACCCUACUUCAGUUUUAUGACUUACUGCUUGAUCUCCAAAACAGAAAAACUAAUGUUUUCUACUUAUUUCAUGGAUUUGUGGAACCUCUUUCAACCUAAACUUUCUGAGCCUGCUAUUGCUACCAACCAUAAUAAGCAGGCCCUGCUCUCUUUUUGGUACAAUGUCUGCGUUGACUGCCCUGAAAAUGUGCGCCUUAUUGUGCAGAAUCCAGUGGUGACCAAGAACAUUGCCUUCAAUUACAUCCUAGCAGAUCAUGAUGACCAGGAUGUGGUGCUUUUUAACCGUGGGAUGCUACCUGCCUACUAUGGCAUUCUGCGGCUAUGCUGUGAACAAUCCCCUGCAUUUACCAGACAGUUGGCUUCUCAUCAAAAUAUUCAAUGGGCAUUUAAGAAUCUCACACCACAUGCCAGCCAAUAUCCUGGGGCAGUGGAAGAACUGUUUAAUCUCAUGCAACUCUUUGUAGCUCAGAGGCCUGAUAUGAGAGAGGAAGAACUGGAAGACAUUAAGCAAUUUAAAAAAACGACUAUAAGCUGUUACCUUCGCUGCUUAGAUGGACGGUCAUGCUGGACUACUUUAAUAAGUGCCUUCCGAAUAUUAUUAGAAACUGACGAAGAUCGGCUUCUUGUCAUAUUUAACAGAGGCUUAAUUCUGAUGACUGAGUCCUUCAAUACACUGCACAUGAUGUACCAUGAAGCCACAGCUUGCCAUGUAACUGGAGAUCUGGUUGAGCUUCUGUCCAUAUUUCUUUCCGUCCUCAAAUCCACCCGGCCAUAUCUUCAAAGAAAAGAUGUGAAACAAGCCCUUAUCCAAUGGCAAGAGCGGAUAGAAUUUGCCCAUAAACUUUUAACUUUGCUAAAUUCCUACAGUCCUCCGGAACUUAGAAAUGCUUGUAUAGAUGUCCUCAAGGAACUGGUGCUUUUAAGCCCUCAUGAUUUUCUGCACACUUUAGUUCCUUUUCUCCAGCACAACCAUUGCACAUACCAUCACAGCAACAUACCAAUGUCUCUUGGUCCUUAUUUCCCAUGCCGUGAAAAUCUGAAGUUGAUAGGAGGUAAAAGUAAUAUCCGCCCACCUCGCCCUGAACUUAAUAUGUGCCUUUUGCCUACAAUGGUAGAAGCUAACAAGGGUAAAGAUGAGGUUUAUGACCGUAUGCUACUAGAUUACUUUUUUUCAUACCAUCAGUUCAUCCAUCUCUUAUGCCGAGUUGCCAUCAACUGUGAGAAAUUCACAGAAACCUUAGUGAAAAUGAGUGUUCUUGUUGCAUAUGAAGGCUUACCUCUUCAUCUAGCUUUGUUUCCCAAACUUUGGACUGAGCUUUGUCAAAGUCAGUCUUCCAUGUCAAAGAAUUGCAUCAAGCUCCUGUGUGAAGAUCCUGUGUUUGCAGAAUAUAUUAAAUGCAUCCUAAUGGAUGAGAGGACAUUUCUUAACAACAAUAUUGUUUACACUUUCUUGACUCAUUUCCUUCUCAAGGUACAAGGACAAGUGUUUUCUGAAGCAAAUUGUGCUGGAAUAAUCAAUAAUCUGAUUACAAAUUUGAUCAACCAAUAUCAGAAUCUGGAAUCAGAAUUUGCCAAUCAGCGAGUUGAAAUUUUUAAAGCAAGUUCCACUUUAAAUGGGGACCUUCGAGCUCUCUCUUUACUGCUUUCUGUGCACACCCCCAAACAGUUGAAUCCUGCCCUAAUACCUACUUUGCAAGAGCUACUAAACAAAUGCAAAACUUGUCAACAACAAAAAAGCUCAUUGCAGGAACAAGAAGCCAAAGAACGAAAAACUAAAGAUGAUGAGGGAGCCACUCCAGUAAAGAGAAGACGGGUUAGCAGUGAUGAGGAGCAUACAGUAGACAGCUGCAUCAGUGAUUUGAAAAAUGAACCUAGGGAAGCCUUGACUCCAACCAGCACUUCAGAUAACGAGACAAGAGACUCCUCCAUCAUUGACCCAGGCACCGAACAGGACCUGCCUUCUCCUGAAAAUAAUUCUAUUAAGGAGUACCGUAUGGAAGUUCCCUCUUCAUUCUCUGAAGAUAUGAUGCUAGCUGCUCAUUCACACCAUGGGGAGGAACAGCUGGGCAGUGGGAGAUUUGAAGAAUGUAAAGACAUGAAAGAACCAUCAAGCUCCAAGGAUUCUCACCUUAUUGAGGAUGAUACAGAGUUUCCCUCCACAUCUAUUUCUGCUGUUCUUUCUGACCUCACAGAUUUGAAGAACUCUGAAACUCAAGCUUCCCAGGACCCUGAGUCUGGCUUAUCACUUAGUUGCAGCCAUUCCAGAGGACUGUUGAGUCACAUGCAGCAGCAACAUCAAGACAUUUUAGACAUCCUUUGCAGGACCAUUGAAUCAACAAUUCAUGUGGUUACGAGGAUAUCUGGCAAAGGAAACCCAGCUGCUUCUUGACAGUAGAGGAGCACGUGUGCUUUUAAAAGUCUUUUUUUCUCCCUUUUAAAAAUGCUGUUUGUAUAAGUUCUGCUUAUUUCUGUUUUGUGCUUCAGUUUGUCCUGUGCUUU